AUGACUGCUGGCUCCUCCUCUCUAUUGUCGUUCCUAUUUCUAUUUGUGAUUUGCUGUUCUCUAAUUCACCAAUUGAGUGCACUUUCUUUUAACAAUAUUUCAACAAUUGUUGGAGGAGGAAGUUUUAUUGGUGAUGGGUUGAUUUCAACCAAUGCCUUGCUGAACUAUCCAUCUGGUAUGGCCAUGUAUAAUGGUGAUUUAUUAAUUGCCGAUUCGUUUAAUCACAGAAUUCGAAAGGUUUCGUUUUCAAGUAGUGGCGUUAUUUCAACAAUUGCUGGUAUUGGUUCUUCAUCAUUUAGUGGUGAUGGCGGUUUGGCAAUUAAUGCAGAGUUGAAUUUUCCAAGUGGUGUUGCUGUUCAUUCUAAUGGUGAUGUCUAUAUUGCAGAUAAGUCUAAUCAUGUUAUUAGAAAGGUUUCGGCUCUCAAUGGAAAGAUCACAACAAUUGCUGGAAUUGCAGGUGAAACUGAAUUGAACAAGUACAGUAACUCAUUAGCAACAAAUACCACACUGAAUUCUCCACAAUAUCUUGCCGUCAAUUCUUCAACUGCAGAAGUCAUCAUUUCAGAUACAAAUAACAAUGUUAUUCGAAAGGUCUAUCUUAAUGGAACUAUUGUAACAAUUGCUGGAGUUUAUGGAAGUUCUGGAUACUCUGGUGAUAAUGGCAAUGCAGUUUCUGCCAAACUCUUCAAUCCAAAGGGAAUAAUCAUCAACUCAAUUGGUGAAAUUAUUUUUGCUGAUUCUAGAAAUCACAGAAUUAGAAAGAUUUCUACAAAUGGAAAGAUUACAACAAUUGCAGGAACUGGAACUGCAGGAUUGAGUGGGGAUGGUGGUUUGGCUACAAGUGCCAAAUUGAAUUAUCCAAAUAGUGUUGCAUUGGGUUUGAAUAAUGAGAUUUUGAUUGUUGACACUUUGAAUCAUCGAAUUAGAAAACUAUUCUCAAAUGGAACAAUUAUUUCAAUUGCUGGGAAUGGAACUACUCAAGGUUUUUCUGGAGAUGGUGGUAAUGCUUUGAAUGCCUUGUUAAAUUUACCAAAUGAUGUUGUAAUGACAUUGAAUGGUGAAUAUUUCAUUUCUGAUUUUGGUAAUCAUAGAAUUAGAAAGGUUUCCAAUAGUGGAAUAAUUUCAACCAUUGUUGGUACUUCAAAUUUUGGAAAUAUCAUUCAAGGAGGAAGUGCUUACGUCCUCCCAACUGGCAAUCCAAUUAUUUAUUCCACUAAAUAUCUUGCAUUUGCUGACAUGAGAGGAAAAAUCAGUCAAAUUGACUUGACAACAAGGAUUGUUUCAUCUGUAAUUUCAGCUCCUCUUCCUUCUGCAGUUGGUUAUAAAAGCAAACUUCAUGCCAUGUAUCUUGAUUCCUUUUUAGGAAGUUUAGCAACCAAGAUUACAGUGGUUGCUGGAACAGGAAAAUUGGGAGGAUAUGCUGGAGAUGGUGGCUUGGCUACAAGUGCCAGAAUUCAAAAACCAACUUCAGUAGUGUUGAAUGAUCAAAAUCUCUAUAUUGUUGACACUCUGAAUCAUAGAAUUAGAAAGGUUUCAUUGACAUUUGGCAACAUUACAACAAUUGCUGGAAUUGGAACUGCAGGCUUUUCUGGAGAUGGUGGUUUGGCUACAAAGGCUAAAUUGAAUUAUCCUACACAUAUGGCUAUCAGUGCAAGUGGAGAAAUUUUCAUUUCUGAUAAUGGAAAUCAAAGAAUUCGUAAAAUUGCGACAAAUGGAAAGAUUUCAACAAUUGCUGGAAAUGGAAUUGUUGGAUUUAGUGGUGAUAAUGGAUUGGCUACUAAAGCUACUUUCAAUUCACGAAAUGGUAUUGCAGUUGCUUCGAAUGGUGAUGUGUAUGUUGCUGAUACUAGAAAUCAUCGUAUUAGAAAGAUUUCAGUUUCGAAUGGUUUCAUUUCAACAUUUGCAGGAAAUGGUUCAGUGGCCUAUCAAGCUACAUUUGGUGGAGAUGGAGGAUUGGCUGUUAGUGCCAAGUUAAACCUUCCAUACUCUGUUGCAAUUAAUAAUGCAACUAAUGAGGUCUAUAUUACUGAUUCUGGUAAUCAUAGAAUUCGAAAGGUUUCUACCAGUGGAAUUAUUUCCACUAUUGUAGGAACAGGAAGUGCAGGAUUUUCUGGAGAUUCUGGGUUAGCCAUUAAUGCUAAACUCAAUUUACCAUACUCUAUUUCAAUUAAUGCAUUGGGAGAACUUUUUAUUUCUGAUCAACUCAACCAAAGAAUUCGUAAGGUUUCCACUACAAAUUAUAUCACAACCAUUGGUGGAAAUGGUGGUAUAGGUUUUAACGGUGAUGGGUUAUCAGCCACAAGCACUCAAUUGAAAUAUCCAUUUGGAAUUUCAGCUAGCUCCACUGAGGUUUAUUUUGCCGAUUCUCUAAAUAGUAGAGUUAGAAAGAUUUCCAAUGGAAAAAUUACAACAAUUGCUGGAGGAAUUGGUGAUGGUUUAGCAGCUACAAGUGCGUAUCUCAAUUCCAACUCUUUCACAACUACUCCGAGUGGCGAAUUCAUUAUUGCCGAUUCAAACAACAAUCUUAUUCGAAAGAUUUCAACAAGUGGUAUAAUUUCAACCAUUGCUGGAACUGGAGCUGCCACUUUUGGAGGAGACAAUGCAAAUGCCACCAUUGCUAAACUGAAUAAUCCAUUAAAUGUUGCAGUGAGUUCGAGUGGUGAAAUCUUCAUUGCCGACACCAACAACCAUAGAAUUCGAAAAAUUUUCCUCAAUGGCACCAUUACAACCAUUGCAGGUAAUGGAACUGCAGGAUAUAGUGGCGAUGGAUUAGAUUCAACCAAAUGUCAACUUAACUAUCCAAGUGCUGUAGCCGUUAGCUCAGGAGGGGAAAUCUUUAUUGUUGAUACACAUAAUCAUAGAAUUAGAAAAAUUGCAAUUGACGGAAUAAUCUCAACUAUUGCAGGUAAUGGAAUUGCGGGAUUUAAUGGAGAUGGAAAAUUACCCAUCAAUACUCAAUUGAAUUAUCCAACAGGAAUUGUGAUUGCAUCGAGUGGUGAGGCAUAUAUUUCUGAAGAAGGAAAUAGGAGAAUUAGAAAGAUUUAUCUUCAAUAA